UUGCAAAAUGCUUAUUGACAUUGCAGAUAAACUAGGAAGUUGCAACUAUUUUUCAUAUGUUCUCUGAAGUUAUUAUAAUUAAUGGUUAAAAGUUAUUUCUUUUAUUUUAUUAGUUUAGCUUGUUAUUGUACUAACAAGCUUGGGACCUGUAAGAAAUCGUCCGAACUUAAAACGUACAAAGAGACCUCGUUACACAAUGAGCGCCGCCUACAUUAUAACUUUGGAUGAGAUGGAUUUAGGUCUCUUACCAAAUACUUAUUCCCCGAAGAGAAAUAUUACGCCGCUGUGGAGCUUAAACAAUGAAUUAUGUGAAUUUCGUAUUUCCUACAAUUCAGUCCAAGAUCAGAGCGAUAAAGAUGCCUCGACACACAGACAGGACAUCAAAACGACUAUGUGUCACAUUUGCAAGAUUGAUGUGCCGGUAAGAUAUAUCACGGAACAUAGAGACAGUGUCAAACAUAAGACAUAUUUAAAAAUAGCUGACACAGCGUUACAAAGAUUGAGAGACGAAAUCAAUAGUAAUGUGUAUUCAGAAGAAAGAGAUCCGUUGAAAUAUUUUUGCCCUCAUUGCACUACUGUUUCAGAAAUAUGUGAUAAGGAAAAUCAUGAUAAUUCCAUGGGUCAUAAGAACGCUGUGGUCUACGACAGAUAUAUCAAAACAUUUCUUGAUUUUUAUACAAAUGCAACGGAUAACCCAAACGAUGCUUGGGAACCUCAAGUAGCACAACCAAAGCCAGCUGAUAAACUACUAAACGCUAUACAGAAAACGAAGCAAAUUUAUGUUCAGAAUAAUUUUGAUAUAGAAAAUUACUUGAAUGUUUUGAAAUACAAACACAAAAUGACGACAAAUGUAAAAGCGAUCGGCAAAGGAAGAUUACAGAUUGAUAUAGACGGAAGUACACUAGAAAUUGAUGAAGAUAACUUUCAUGGCAUCAUAAACAGGGACGGGGGUUGUACCGAGUGCAUUGUUUGCAAAGAAAUUUUCAGAAAUGAGAACAAAUACAUACACAUUCGAGGAUCAAAACAUGCUUACAGAGUGACUGUGCCAAUCACAGAUGUGAACUGCAUAAGAGAGAUAUAUCCAUUAUGGAAACACUGCAUUCUCUGCAACACUAUCAUUAAUAAUUACUCCAAACACAAUAUCUUAGACAGUAAUCACAGCAGAAAUUUGAACACCGCUUUAAACUGUUACAACUCCCAGCAAAACACCUCAUCAUUAGACAAUCUGAAACCUAACAAUGAACAUUUAAAUGACAAAAAAUCUUUUGUCAUAAACGAAACUAGCAUAGACGGCUCUGUUAUAUCUGAUGAUACUACAAAAAACUCUUUAUGCGAGUACUGUAAUAUCCAAUUUAAAAAAAAUAGCAAAAGGUCACAUUCCCUGACCUCAAGACAUAUAUGGAAUACCAAAUCUCCUUAUCAUUACUUAUACACAAUCAACACAGCCACAUGUAGAGUUUGUGAUACUGAUGCCAUCGAUGUGGAAAGUCAUGUGGACUCGGAGGAACACAAACAAAAAUACAGAGAAUACUUAACGGACAAUAGAUUGGUCUCCAUCGAGGCGGAUAAAUUCUAUUGCAUGGUCUGUUUCGAUGUGGUAAGGAUGAGAAACGAAUUACUCCACACAUAUACACCAAAUCACAAGAAACAUAUGAGCAGUGUGACAGACACGGAUGACUAUUACUGUGCCGUAUGUGAUAAAACUAUUAAAAAUUAUAAAUGUGGCAUACAAUUACACAAUGAGAGUAAGAAACAUAAGAAAAAAAUUGCAACAUUCACACAUGCAGAUGAGUCUUUUAUAGACAUAGAUGAUAUGCUGGUAACGACUGAUUGUAACACAGAUGUCAAAUGCUCGCUAUGCAACAUACUCGUUGCAAAUAAUAAAAACAGUGUGGCAUUACAUACGAAAAGCCGGAAACAUAAAGACAAAUACGAGCAGCUCCUCCGAGAUAACAUUAUGGAGGUGAAAGAAAAUAUUAUAUAUUGUAAUGUAUGCAGUGUCCCGUUUACUUAUAAAAUGUGUAUCACGCAUCUGAGAGGUAAAAAACACAUAAAAAAACUACGAAUUCGCAACCAAUCUCUUUCUAUCGACAUAGAAAAUGUUAAAGAAACAAAUGCAAAUGUAUCACAUGGACAGAAUAAUGAAAACAUUAAUAAUAGUACUGGCAUUAAUACAAAUGAAAUAAAUGUCACUACUAACGCAGACAAAACUAAUGAAAUAUAUAAUUCAGAGAUUAAUUUAAAUGAAAAUAUAAAUCACUUGAAUAUAAAUGUGAAAUCGACCAUAAAUGUACCUGGCAUUAAAAUGAACGAAGCCGUAAGCAAUGAACCUGGCAUUAAAAUGAACGAAGCCGUAAGCAAUGAACCUGGUAUAAAAAUGAACGAAGCCGUAAGCAAUGAACCUGGUAUUAAAAUGAACGAAGCCGUAAGCAAUGAACCUGGUAUAAAAAUGAACGAAGCCGUAAGCAAUGAACCUGGUAUUAAAAUGAACGAAGCCGUAAGCAAUGAACCUGGCAUUAAAAUGAACGAAGCCGUAAGCAAUGAACCUGGUAUAAAAAUGAACGAAGCCGUAAGCAAUGAACCUGGUAUUAAAAUGAACGAAGCCGUAAGCAACGAACCUGGUGUGAACAAAAAAAUAAAUAAAGAAAACAAAGCCAAAAUAAAUGAAAAUGUGAAUAAAAUUAAUGAUUCCGAUGUUAAUUUACUCGACAGAAAGAUGAAUAAGUUUAUUGAAUUAUUUAAAAAUUCAGAUGAGAACGGUCAGGUAUUAUGUAAAAUCUGUAAAGUGAGGGUACCGCUCACGCUUCAUAAUAUGAUGCAACACUUGAACGGUGCGAGGCAUAGAGAAAAAAUUAUGGAAAACUAAGUUUAUUUACUGGAAAAUUUUAUAUGGGAGUUUAUUUUAAAUUAAUUAUUAACGUAUAAGUGAUAACGAUUCUAAAUCAAGAGCUUACUCGUCGCUUUAUAGCAUGUAAGAUAUUGUUAUUUAUUAUCUGUGAUUAUAUUAUUAUAAUGUAGGGACAAAUAAAAUGUGGCUGACA